ACCAUCGUCUCCCAACAAAAGCAUCACCUCUGCAACCUCCUCUCAAACACUCCUCAACCCCUUGCUUUUGCCUUUUUGGAAAUGGCGGAAGCAGUGCUCUUCAGCCUUGCCACCGCCAUACUGAAAAGCAUCGCCUCCGAAAUUGCGAAACCUGGAGGCUCCUUCGCUUCUCAGAAAAUUCAGUUGCUCUGCUGUGCCGAGGGCGAGCUCCAAAUCCUUGAGGGCGCAGUUCAGACCAUCCGAGCUGUGCUUUUGGAUGCCGAGAAGCAGCAGUGGCACAACAACCAGGUCAAGCUCUGGCUUGAGAGGCUCAAGGACGUGUUGUACGACGUACAGAAUUUGCUUGACGAUGUCGCAACCGAAGAUCUGAGGCGGAAGGUCACCUCCGGCAACAAGAUAUUGAAAGCGUUAAGCGUUUUCUUCUCUAAAUCGAAUCAGCUUGCACACUGCCUCAAAGUGGCUAACAAGAUUCAGGAACUUAGGAAGACACUGGAUGUGAUCGAAAACGAUAGGAAGUUCCGUUUAGAGGAGCAUCAGAGGGAGGAAACAAUGGCCAUCGGGAGAGGAAAGAAAACUGAAAUUUUCGCACCCGACAGAGCAAUAAUUGGUAGGGAAGAGGACAAAAAAAAGAUCAAACAACUUUUGUUUGAUCCCUCCUCUAGCCAGAGUGUGUCAUUUGUUGCCAUCGUUGGUAAAGGAGGUCUUGGAAAAACCGCACUUGCACGACUAGUGUACAACGAUGGGGAGGUAAAAGAGCAUUUUGGGCUUAAGAUGUGGGUGUGUAUCUGAUGUCUUUAACGUGAAUGUGAUUAUCAAAGAAAUUCUUAAAUCAGCGAACGACAACUGGCAAGAGCAUGAUGAUGAUGAGAUGAAAAAGUUAUUACAAGAUCUUGAGAAUAAGCCUAUAGACCAAUUGCCAAGUCUUCUUCAUGAGAUUCUAGGCAGGAAGAAAUGUUUGCUUGUUUUGGAUGACUUGUGGAAUGAAGAUCGGGAUAAAUGGUUGAAGCUUGGAGAUUGGCUUGAGGGUGGUUUACCGGGAAGCAAGAUACUUGUAACCACUCGUAGCCACAAAGUUGCAAAGGUCACGGAUGCGAAAUCGGUUAUCCAUGUUCUAAAUGGCUUAUCUGAAGAUAAGUCAUGGAACUUAUUCAGGAAAAUGGCUUUUGGAGAUGAGGUAGAAUCAUCAGACCCAGAACUGGAGGAGAUAGGUCGAGAUAUAGUUAAAAAAUGCGCUGGCGUUCCCCUUGCCAUUAGAACUAUAGGAGGCCUUUUAUACGGCAAAAAUAAAGAUGAGUGGCUCCAUUACCAAGUGCGUGAACUUCCAGAAAUACCAGAAAUUGAUGAGGUUGAUGAUGGAAUUAUGCAAGUCCUCAAGUUCAGUUACGAUCAUCUCCCGUCAUGCUUGAAACAUUGUUUUGCAUAUUGCUCAUUGUUUCCGAAAGACUAUGUCUACGAUAAAGAGAUGAUGACACAUCUUUGGAUGGCACAAGGCUUUAUUGAGUCACUCAACGGGGAGGACAACCUUGAAGAGGUCGCCGACAAUUACUUGUCAAAACUACUAUGUAGGUCCUUCCUCGAUGCUGCACGCAAAAAAGACAACGGCGAGGUUAUAACUUUCAAGAUGCAUGAUCUCAUGCACGAUCUUGCCCGAAAAGUUGCCGGAGGUGAAUGCAAGAUUGUCAAUUUUGAAAGAGGAGAUAAUGAUAGAGGAAUUAGACAUGCGUCGAUUAUUUCGGAGAUUUUCUCUGAAGCGAAAAUGGUGUCCCUGCUCAAAACAUCCAAAUUGCGGACAUUUCUCUAUUUGGAAGGUGAAUCCUCUGUACUCAAUUCUCACAAAGUUUUCUCCAAGUGUAGACACUGUCGAGCGUUGGUUUUGGAUAAUACAAAUAUUCCUCUCCCUCCUUCCUCCUUUGGAAA